AUCUGCUAUUUUGCUGUGUGUUCAGUCAGUGUUGCAGCCGAGCAAAUUUAGUUGCAGCAAACAUAGCCAGCCAGCCAGAUCCCGCUUCUUUCUUUCUCUCACUCACUCACGGCUGUAUAACACGUUUUUGUUUUUUUACUUGCUUCGACUUUAUUAUUCCUAGCUAGCGAUAACGCUUUUAUUUCUUAUUCCGCUUUCACUUCUACGCAAUACUUAUUUUAUAUCAGACUAAGAACGAGUCUUUGUGGAUAAAAAAACAUUAAAUAAACAUUUUAACCGACGUUAAUUUUGGAGAAGACAUCGGAAUCCGACUUGACUGUAAACAGUCCACAGCUAGACAACAAGCAAGGGCAUGCAGAAGAGAGGUCAAUGAGGAGGAUGACAACAGAAGAAUAGACAACGUCGAAGGAGGGAUGAGAAAGAGACCGAAAUAAGAGGAGGAAGUGGAACUCCAAAGUGCCUACUGCGAGGAGUUGUCUGCUGCUGUUUACUGCUGGAUGAGAGCAGGACGGGGCUCAGUGUGCGCUUGGCCUUGAAUGGAGGCUAUAUUUUAUCCUGACAACCACAGAGUCAUCCAUCCCACGUUGCUAAGCUGCAGUCCCCACAUACCCUGAGCUGAGCCGCCACCUCGUCUCAUCACUGCAAGGACACCAUCCCUAUAAAGAUUCAGCUUUUCUUUUUGUUCUACAGAAAUCUUCUUUCUCAGGCCGUUCAACAUAACUGCAGUGACUGCCCCAGCCCCGGCCAUGUUGACGUGAAUGUAAUGGUGACUUACGGUGGGCGUCAGUCGAUUCAGGUGAAGGCACAGACGCUGUGUCACAUGCUAGAGUGAUGUCCUAUGUGUAGCUUCUGUUUUUUCUUUUUUUUUCCCCUUUCGAAACAGAGCUGGCCUCUGCCCACAGUCUACCCCCUCUAUCUCAAACUUCAGCUGCCACUUUUCCCAGGAAGAACAAAUAAACAUCCACUAAAAUACAACAUCUGAAAGGACUCGCUGCCUAUUUGCGCUGAAGAAAAUAUUUUUGCUUCUGUUGGGGAUUUCUUUUUCUUGCAUCACUAUUAGUCACCCUUGCUCUCAUCAGACAGUUUUCCGUCCAUCUGCCCUCACCGGUGCUCAGUGUUUUUGAGCAACUUUGAUGGCUGUCAGCAUGACCAUGGGGCGGGACACCAAAUGGCUGACCCUGGAAGUGUGUCGUGAGUUUCAGAGAGGCACCUGCUCGAGGUCUGAUGCCGAGUGCAAGUUUGCUCACCCCUCCCGAAGCUGCCAUGUGGAGAAUGGCCGAGUCAUCGCCUGCUUUGACUCACUCAAGGGGCGCUGCUCCCGUGAGAACUGUAAAUACCUGCACCCACCGCCACACCUGAAAACCCAGCUGGAGAUUAACGGGAGGAACAACCUGAUCCAGCAGAAGGCCGCAGCAGCCAUGCUGGCUCAACAGAUGCAGUUCAUGCUGCCCGGAACACAGUUGCAGCCCAUAACAACAUUCUCAAUGACACCCUCACUGGCAACAUGUCCCAGUAUGGCGUUCAGUCCAUAUCUGAGCCACAUGGGCCCAGGCAUGGGCUUGAUGUCUGAGCUGCUGCCCAGUACUCCCCUGCUGGUCCCUGGGAGUCCCACCGGUCUGGCAGCCAUGGGCAACGGUACCUCCGCACAAAAACAUAUGCGCACAGACAAGCUGGAGGUUUGUCGAGAAUUCCAGCGCGGUAACUGCACGCGGGGUGAGAGCGACUGCCGCUACGCUCACCCUCUAGAGGCCGGCAUGGUGGACUGCAGUGAGAACUCAGUCAUCGUCUGCAUGGACUACAUUAAAGGUCGCUGCAGCCGAGACAAGUGCAAGUACUUCCAUCCCCCGGCUCACCUGCAGGCCCGGAUCAAGGCUGCACAGCACCAAGCCAGUCACACAGCGUCCACCGGCUUGGCUCUGCCUCCAGGUGCCAUGCAGCCGCUACCAAAGAGGUCGAUCUUAGAGAAGAGCAACGGAGCCGCUGCCACCGUCUUCAACCCCAGCAUGUUCCACUACCAGCAAGCCCUGGCUAACAUGCAGCUCCAGCAGACAGCCUUCAUCCCCAGUGGCUCUGUUCUGUGCAUGAUGCCCUCCGGAGACAUUGUUCCCAUGAUGCACGGUGCCACCACCUCCACUGUUCCGUCGGCUUCGACGCCAGUCACCAAUGUUCCUUUCGCUGAAUCUGCCGCCUCGAAUCAGACCCCUCCGAGCUUCUGACUCCUGAUCCAUUGGAGCUCCAGUGCGUUCCCAUGGAAACCCAUUACUGUCCUGUCCCCAAACUGCUGGUGGCGGCUCCUGUGGCGCUUAACUCAGUAAGCCUUUCCCGAAACUCAAGUUAAAGUCCCUGUAACCUGCGCACUACCAGGGCGGUCAUCUUUUCUGAAUGCAGCGAACAUGUGCCUCGCCUACAGUGCACACUGACUGAGUGUGAAACUUCUUUUAAGAUAUUAUGAACGUAAGAAAGCUGCGAUGGUUCACGCAAUACAAGCCCAGACUUAUUACUGUUGCUUUAAAGCAGCCAUCUUGAUGCAUACUGACUUGAUCAGGCUGAGCAAUAUAGCUCCCACGUUCUUACAGCCAUACAUGCCCACACCUUAAAAGUGCAGCAGAUAUGUGCGCGCACACUCAGACACACACACAAACACACACACACACACACACACACAUUUAAGACUACAUGUCCUUAAUAGGUUGGAGCCAUCACAUGAGGCGACCGAACACUUUUGACUGUUCCAAAGUCAGAAACUCUGAAAAGCUAAUACUGGAAACUGAGACCACCCGUUGCUGGUCUGCAACCAGUAUGUGUUGUCAAAAUAGUGUUUCAUAUCAUGUCAUGUUUACGUUUAAAGAUGGCUACAAAUGUAACAUUUGUGUUGUACCAUGUAUACCAUUCAGUUUGUUCUCAUGGUCUCAUCUUGCCUGAUGAAACGCCAACAAGUUGUUCAUUUGUUUGUGCCUUUGAUUUAUCUGCUCAGCUGCAGAGGAGACUUAGUUUCCCCAAAUAAUUAAAAACACUUGACAGCAUACACUGAAAAAUGUUGUUCUGCAAUUAAAGGCAAUAUUUGUUGUUACAAAAAUACUGUCUAUGAACUUUUAGCUCCUAUUCUAAACCUAAAACAACAGUGAUCGCCACUUUACAUUUAUAUCGUUUCAUGAAUGUUAAGUAUGAUUUGAAACUUUUUUUUCUCUCCCGGUUUCACAGUCAAUAUCUGGUACUGGAUAAUAGCAUCAUAUGAGACAUUACUUUUUAUGUAAUGCAACAAUCUUAAGGAACUACACAUUGAAAGAGUGACAUAACAUUAGCAUUCAAUCACUUCUAUACUAAAGGGGCUGAGUUGAGAGAUUUUUAAGAAUGCGCCUUUCUUGAUUUAAGAAACAAACUGCAUUAAAGCAGGUGAGGUCAUGUUAUUAAAACAGUUGAAUUUAAGUGAUGUAGUAUCUUUAGUCAUGGCUGUGAUGGGUAAUUGUCUAAUGACUGAAAAGGAAGGGUUGUUUGUCCUGUUUCCUCCAUGAUUUGAUAUCUAAACAUGGUGUAAAAGAAUGGCAAUCUCCAGGUGUAGUCAAGUUCACUUCUUGGCCUCCCCAUGGAUUUGUUUCCUGUUCCUGUGUUGUGUCUAAAGUCUGCAUGUGCCAAGUGGUGGAUGGUAUAUGCAAGUAGCUGCCCCAUUUAAUGCAAUACCUGAAUAAUUCCUCUAAAUGAAUGUCUCCCUCUCAAACUCUGAGAUGUACUUUACGUAAAAAGGCAGUUUGUUUGUGUAAUUCUCUUCUUUCAUGCAGCUUUUGGAUUGAACACGUGGCACAAGAUUUUUAUGUUUUAUGGCUCUUCAGGGAGAAAGCGUAGAACUUGAAAAUGUCCUGUCUGACUUUAUAAUGUGUCGUCUUUUCUACUGAUGUGUCCUUUUUGUCAAAAGUAGUCAGACUCUGAAUAUUGCAGCCACACCAGUUUAUAGCCAGAACUGAUUUAUGGUAAAGUCAGGAGAUGGAGGAAUAAAUCACCCGUUUGAUGUCUGAUGGUAAGAAAUUACAAACCAGUUGGAUAUUCGGUUUUCAAAUGUCUGUAAGGAAUUGCUUUAGGUGUGAAAAAUUGAACGUAACAGCCUGGAAACCGGGCUGAAAUAACUUUUAUCCAAAUUCAAAUGUGCCUCUUUUAAGUCUCCUCAACCCACCACUGUCAAUACACUGUAAGAACAGACCAGUGAUCAAAUAUGGAUAUGCUAUUUGGAGUGUUAGUAUAAGAGUAAAUCACAUCUGUACUAGUUUCUUCUCUGAGACAGCUGUGCUGUCUUAUCGUUAAUGUUCAGAAAUAGAUCAGUGAGUUGUGUGCAUACUUAAGUGUGUUGAAAAAGACAAUGGAUUACAUACUUGUUUAGUUGUAAAUGCUGCAGAUAUUAUGGCAUUUGCCAUUGAACAUUAUUCAUUUUAAAUAAUGUUAUUGUGUCGUGAAUGUAUCUAAUGCAAAAACUCUACACAUGCCCUUCUAAAAGACAGGCAUGUUGAAAUGUAAUGAUUCACUAUAUAUAGACUCUUUCUGAGGUCACAUAGGUACCAUGCUGAUACUGUGUUAAGACAUAUUAAAGUAUGUGUAUUGUUAUAUAGAUUUAUAUUUAAUGUCAAUGGAUGGUGUGACUACUUUU